AAGAAACUUCCCAAUAGACACACUGCUUACAAUAUUUUGAAAUAAUUUUCGAGUUUUCCGUUAAAAAUCAUCGGAUAUUGUUACUAAUCGACCGGAAGUAAACUGGUGACAAUGCGGCUUUAACUUUAAAGUGAUCGAUUAAAGUCGUUUGAUGUUUCACACAGCGUUUUUAAUCUGCUUAUAUUCAUUCAAAUUCUACUUAAUGUCUUCGCGCAGAAAGUCGCUGAUCACCGCGGUCUUUUUGGAUAUGGAAAAUGACUGUCCGUCAAUGGAUGGUAUUUUCUGUUUGCUAGGAAAUAGCAUUGCUAUAGCUGAAUUAUUAGGUUAGAAACCAAAUUGAAGAAUGCUUAAAGAAAGCAAAUUUGGUUGAACUGAAAUUAUUCAGAAGCUUUUCAAAACUCUAAAAACAGACACAAGUAAAUGAUUGCAGUAUAUUGGUUGUUUUCGUAGGCUUCUUACAAUAAUUCAUGAUGUCAGGUUCUGACAGUUUUGUUAUAAAUUAAUGAUGACUAGUAGUCUCACCUUGUUCCAGCCCUGCACCUGCUCGGGACGCCUGUGGCGCCCUCCGAGGGGACUGAACUAUAAACUAUUAUAUAUUUUUUCCCUUGCAACGUUUUAUUCAACAUCCUCAACAAAUACAACUUCUCUCGCAAAAUUGUCAUACAGAAAAGAAGAACUAGGAAGUGUUACAUCACUAACAAACUUCACCGUAAACUAGCUGAAACAUUUCGCAAUACCGAUGAAUUGCAAACGCUUUUCGGAGAUGAAUAAUGGAUGGUAUUUUUCGAGUUGCUAGGAUGUUUUCAAAUAACAUCUUUCUAGUGGAUUUCUUUACGGUUUGUUAUAAAUUAAUAAUGACUUGUUCACCCCAUCAUUUGCAGCUUCUCUUAUUCGCCAGGCUGUCAUCUAGAAAAGAAGAUCCAAAAGUCACGAAGUCAUAAAAACUUCACCAGUAUUAAUUAACGAGUUCAAAAAACCAACAAUGCUUUUCUUACUGAUGUUAUCUGUGUUCAAUUUUGCACAAAGCCAUGACAUACUAGCUGGUAUAAGAAGGGAUGUUUAUGAGUUCAACUUCGCGAACUUUAUCAAACACGAGCGCUCGUACCUCAAUGUAACAGCCCUAGUCAGUCACUUCGUGGAAGGAGAACAGAGUUGUGUGAAAAAAUGCAAAGACAACAAAGCGUGUUUAUCCAUCAACAUGGCGGCUCAGCCAAACUCUAAUGCUUUACACUGGUGUGGUCUUCUUUCCACCGAUAAAUACAACGAAUCGACGAAGUUCAUCAGCAACGAGUCUUCGAUCCACUACAGCAUACAGAGCCCGUGUGCAGAUGGGGCGUGUCUCCACGGAGGAACGUGUUACCCAUCAUACGAAAACGGCGACUUCCGAUGCGCUUGCCCUCCGCUAUACGUCGGCAAAGCCUGCCAGAAAGCCUGUUCAUUGCCUCUCGGCAUGGAAGACUGGCGAAUUCCUGACAGCCUCCUGCAAGAGUCCUCCUACUGGGCUAAUGACAUUGGUUUCUCCUCCGCAUAUGCGAGGCUCAAUAUGGUACCAGAACCAACUCUUCUGAUCUAUUCAUCCUGGUGCGCUGGAUCAAAUGAAAUAGGGCAAUAUCUUCAGAUAGGUCUAGGUACACUGAAAAUAAUCACUCGUGUGGGGACACAGGGUCGUGUGGGUAUCGAUCAGUGGAUCACGAAGUAUACGCUCCAGUACCAACUAGAUGGAAGUGGUGUGUUUACAAACUACCUGGAGAACAGUGUUGUCAAGGAAUUCCAGGGUAACAGAGACAAUAACACAGUCGUCAUUAACACCCUGAACCCAUACAUCAAGACGACCACUGUGAGAAUCGUAGCUCAGGCGUGGUAUGGUCACGUGUCGCUCAGAGCAGAGCUCUACGGCUGCACUCCUUGACAAGCAACUCCAUGGGGCAGUUGGAGGUCUCCUUUCCUUUCGCACCGACAUCUUAGAAGAUUGUAGCAGUAGGUAGACCACGGGCGCUAGGAUAGUCCCAGUAGAUCAGAGUUGGCGCACAACGCAUUCAUCCUGGGCCGUUUUCAAUUUUAAGCCAUAAAACCAAGAUUUGCUAUAUGUUAUUAUUUGGGGGCAUUUCCGUAUAUUCUUGUUUGAUUUUAAAAGAGAGAUAAGAAAUCUUUAUAAACAGUACAGGAAAACUUUUUACGCUACCGAAUAGUUUAGCGUCACAACAACGGAGCGUUAGAUUCUUAUGGCCGCCAAACGCGAUUCACAGCUAUAGGUACAUCAUCAAAUUUUUUUGUACAUAUUCAAAACAAGUACGUCUUUGCGUUUGGGCAUCAUAGGAAGAUGAUGGGAUCUGGAUGGGAUAAAUAGGAUUUCUUAUCAAGUUUAUUCGCUCACACGUAUUAUUGAUGGCAAUAGUAAAGUAUAUAAUGACUGA